GUGGCAGAUGUGGAGCUGGCUGUCAGCCUAAGAGGAAAUUGGCCCUUUGAGAUGCAGGGUGUUCCGGAGGGAGAAGAAGAUACACUUGAUGCGGACAGAACCUUAUACAUUGGAAACCUCCCACUUGUAAGGGACGAUCUGGAGGUUGAUCUAUCAUGCUGGUUGGACAUGAUGACGGGCAUCAGUCCCAGCAAAUUGACAGGGAGGGAUCAUCAGUUGUUUUUCGCAAAGGAUAUGUCUUGUGCACAUGUGCUGUUCGACAGUUGCUUAACACGAGAGUUGGUGCUUGGGUCUGCCAUCCUCACCCCGAAAAUGCUGGUUUUCCAUGAGAGGAUGCUGUUCCUGUGUUGGCAUAAGUCAUAUGUACCAUUCCUCUGUUACAACAGGGAAGUUAUGUCCAGUUCUGCUCCUCGGAGUAAGUGCUCAAAUGGCACCUUUGAUGGAGGCAAGCGGCAUCCACUCCAAUCAAAUGGGCUAGGGACUGCCACCACAGUAAGGACACAAACCUCACUGGUGGGAAAAUCAGUCAGCACUAGAGAUGAUCGAAGGUGCGAAGCAUCCAAGGAGUACCCAUGCACAUCAGACCAGGCAGCAGCACGCACAGCCAGGACCCCAGCACCAGUUGAAGUAGUGGAAAGUGCUGUGAGCAUUAAAGGUGGAGAUGGGGGGAUGAACAUGUUGCCGAGGGUCGCGGUGCAGGAGACAUGGGAGUUGCGAAGCUUCCCGCUCUCAGGAAUGCCAUCUGGAGGCGUAGGGACGCAUGGGACGAGGCCAGCAGGCUUUGGUUUAUCCCCUGGUAGUCCUGCACGAUUUAGUGAUUUGGCAGAAGCAGAGGAGGGUAUGGUAAGAGAUGUGGGGGGGGGUUGGCAGGCGAGGAGGGGGGAAGGAGAAGUAGGUCAGUGUGGAGAUCGCGGGGCACUCUGGCCGUUUGCAGUAGGUAGCGAGGGCAGGUGUGAGAGAGAAGGAAACACAGUUGAGAGGGAGCGAAGAGAGGCAGGAUUUCAGGGCUGGGAUUUACCGGGGACAGGGCUGAACCGUAGGGAAAGAAACAGCCAGAAAACAGCCGAGUAUCCUCUUAGGGAAGAGGAGGGCAGAUUACAAGCAGGAGUUCAUGGAGCGUAUCAGGGUAAGGCAAGAGACGGGGUAGUCGUUUGGCAGGAGAGAAGGUGGGAUGGGCAGGGAGCACGGGGGGCAGAUCACCGGGGACGUUUGUCGUUCACAGCUGAUAGAGAGGCCAACUGUUAUAGAGACGACAAUGCAGUUGAGAGGGAGCAAAGAGGCAGGGGGUUGCAUAUAACAGGGCUGGGUGGUAGAGAUUCUAGAGAAAGCAGCAGGCAAAACCUGAAUCCAUGUUCUGUGAGGGUAGAGGAGGACAGAUUACAAGGGGCAGAUCACCAGGGAUAUUUCUCGUUCCCAGUAGAUAGAGAGGCUAACUGUUAUAGAGAAGGGAAUGCAGUUGAGAAUGAGCAAAGAGGCAGGGGGUUGCACAUGACAGGGCUGGAUGGUAGAGAAAGCAACAGGCAGAACCUGACUCCGUGUUCUGUGAGGGGAGGGGAGGACAGAUUACGAAAGGGAGAUCAUGGGGAACUGAGGGCAUUUGGACGAGCUACAGACAGAGGCUGGGAUCAGGCAGGAGAAGAAAGGCUCAGGGACUCAGGGAUGAUGGUGGAUAGACCUACGUCUCCACCUAGAGGGCUUGAAGAAGGCCGAUGGGGUCAGAAAGCCCGUGAAUCCCUGAGUACCAAAUCGCGAGUCCACGAUCGGACGGAGAGGGAUAGUCGCAAGCGGAGCAGAAGCUGUGAAUCCGGUGAAAGGAAGCUUUCUUCCAGAGGGAGGAGCAACGAGAGGAGUGGAAGUGGAGGGAGACGUCGCAGGGAGAGUAGCAAUGAUGUGUGGCCUGAAAAGGACAGAGUGAAAGAAGAGGUGAUGCAUCAGAGAGAUGAAAUUGGGGAAGAUUGGAGGUGUGAAAGGGCGAGAAAGUAUAAAGAAGGGAGGUCUUGGAGAGAUGGGAUUGAAGGAUGGAGGUUGGGACAGAGCUCCGACAGAGAUGGAAGUGGGGAAGACGGGAGGUCUCGAAAAGCUAGAAGUCCAGAGGAGGGGAGGGAGUCUCUUAGAAAGAGAGUCAUGGAGGAAGAAAGAUAUGGCAGGGAAACAGGAAGACAUUGCAGGGAGGAAGGAAGGUAUUCCAGGGAGGAAGCACUAUAUCACAGGAAGAGUUGUGGUGAAUCUGCAAACGUGAGAACAUGGGGGGGGUUAAUGUCGGACAUGGAUGAACUGGGAGACGAUCGGAGGUCUGGCGGUGAGAGGAAAUUGAAAGAAUCAAGGUCUGAGAGAGAGAGGAGUAACGAAGGAUGGAGGCCGGUAAAGAGCCACGACGAAGAAAGGGCUAGGCCUGACGGAGAUGGAAGUGGAGGAGGUAGGUCUCGGAGAGAAACAAGUUUGGGAGCCGGGAGGAGAUCUGUCAGAGAGACAAGAGAGGAAGAAAGACAAUCUGUUAGGGAGGAAGCUAGGGAAUCUUGCUGGGAGAGAGGUAGGAACGAAGAGAGGCCUGCAAAGGACAGAAUUAAAAAAGAGGUGAACUCUGAUGAAGAUGGCGUCGGAGGAGGUUGGAGGUCUGGCAGUGGUGGUAGGAAGUUGAACGAAUGCAGGUCUGGGAGAGAGAGCGGCAACGGAGAAUGGACGUUGGGAAAGAGCCGCGACGAAGAAAUGUUAAGGUCUGACAGAGGUGGAAGUGGAGGGGAUGGGAGGUCCGGGAUAGCAACGAGUGUGGAAGAGGGGAGGAGCACUAUCAGAGAGAGAAGUAGGGAAGGAAGGAGAUGUAUUGGAGAGGAAAACAGGGAAAAAGGAAGAUCUUGCGGGGAGAGAAGUGGGAACGAAGGGCGGCCUGCAAAGAACACAAUGGAAAAAGAGGUAGCGGCUGAUGGAGAUGGCAUUGGAGGAGAUUCCAGGUCUGUCAGAGAGAAAUCUGUUGGAAAGGAAAAUAGGGGAGAACGAAGGCCUUCCAGGGACAGAAUUAGGAGGGAAGGGAGGCAUGCAAAGGACAGAGUUAAGAAAGAGGUCAUGUCUGAUGAACAUGACAUUGGGGGAGAUUGCAGGUCUGUCAGAGAGAAAUUUGUUGAAAAGGAAAAUAGGGGAGAAGGAAGGCCUUCCAGGUACAGAAGUAGGAGGGAAGAGAGGCAUGCAAAGGAAGAGGUUAAGAAAGAGGUAAUGUCUGAUGAACAUGACAUUGGGGGAGAGAGGAGGUCUGGCAGUGAGAGAAAGUCGAAAGAACCGAGAUCAGGGAGAGAGAAUAGCGAAGAACGGGGUUCAAAGGGAAGAGUUAAGAAAGAGGUAAUGUCUGAUGAAUGUGACAUUGGGGGAGAAUGGAGGUCUGGCAGUGAGAGAAAGCCAAAAGAACGGAGGUGUGGGAGAGAGAGUAGCGAAGAAAGGAGGUCGGGAAAGAGCUGCGAUGACAGAGAUGAACAUGAAGGAGAUGGGAUAUCUGGAAGAGCGACUAGUUUGGAAGAGGGGAGGAGAGAGAGGAGUAGCGAAGAACGUGGUCCGGGAAAGAGCUGCGAGGAAGAAAGUGCAAGGCCUGACAGAGAUGAACGCGGAGGAGAUGGGAUGCCUGGCGGAGCAACUAGUUUGGAAGAGGGGAGGAGCACUGUCAGAGAGACAAGUGGGAAAGAGGGGAGGAGCAGAGAGACAAGUGGGGAAGAGAGGAGAUCUUUUGGAGAGGAAGAUGGGGAGGAAGGAAGGAGAUUUAUCACAGAGAGUAGGGGAGAUGGGGGAAAGUCUAGCGGAGAGAGAAGCAGUGGGGGGGCUGCAAGAGACAGAAGCAACGAAAUGAGCAGACAGGCUGAAGAGGGGAGGAGCACUGUCAGAGAGACGAGUGUGGACGGGGGGGGAUCUACUGGAGAGGAAGAUGGGGAGGGAGGGAGGAGAUUUGUAACAGAGGGUAGGGGAGAGGAGGGAAAGUUUAGCGGAGAAAGCAGCAGUGGGGAAGGUGCAAGCAUGCCGGAUACAUUUCAGGGACACAGUGCAAACAACUCCGAGAGCCACGAGAAAACAGAUGGAAUAUGUUGUAGUGCUUUGAGUGAUUUGGAUGUGGCGGAUGUGGAGGGAGGGCGUGGAGAUGAGGCAGCGUGUAACCACACCACGAAGACGCAGAGUCCAGAUUUACGCAAGAGUAGAGUCUCCAGAUGGAGAGAGCUCAGAGAUACGUUGAAGACACAAUGUAUGGAGAGGAAAAAUGAGUCUGGAGAAGAGAAGGGGGGGGAGGGCGAGGAAAGAAGUAGAGAGUGCAGCGAUGCUUUACACAGGCAAUCUGUGGAGAUCAAAUAUGAGUCUGGAGAGGAAGAGGAGGAGGAGGAGGAGGAGGAGGAGGAGGAGGAGGAGAAACAAAGUAGAUCCAACUGCAAACCAGAAUGCUAUGUCAUAAGCGACGAUUCACACGAAGAGAAAGGGACACAGACGGACGAAGAGAAAGGAACACAGACGGAAGAGGUGGAAGAGGAACAAAAUAAGACAGACUAUAUAGACUUAAGUGAUGCAAGCAGUGAAGACGCUGUCCGGGACGGAGGAAAGAGAGGAAGGGAAACACACAGCAGUCGUAAACAAAAGACUAUCCCUCAGUUUGACUUGAACUCUAUGCCUGAUUCCACAGACUGACUACGACAUUGGCGGGUCUGUGGGCCAAAGAAGAAAUGCCUGUUUCCACUGCACUACAGGUGAGGAUUCUUUCGUUCGAUUGUCCAAUGGCAGUUGCGGAGGGAGGUGUCUGGUUUGCUCUGGGGAUUUGCAGGUCUCGGGCAUCACGAACGCGACAAGCCCUUCCCUGCCGUUCGUGGAUUUCGUUGUUUCCUUCCAACGUAGACAUCCUUGAAAAAUUGAGCUCUACCUCUUUGUUUUUUGUUUUUUUUGUGUGUGUGUGGGGGCAGGCAGCUCUUCGUUUAGUUUCUCUUUUGCUCUUUCGUUUCAGUAAAUGUUGUACCUCUUG